AUGGAAAGCAAAGAACGGGUUACCGACGCUGUGCUCGAUUUGAUCAGGCGGGAAAGGAAUGGCGAAACUAUUUGUCGUAAACUCAUACGUGAUGUGACUGAUUGUUAUGUUGAGCUCGGUAUAGAAGAAGAUGAGACGCCAGACCAAGUGCGGUCUGCCCAGCCAAAUCCCAACGCAAAGCUCAAAGUUUACAUGGACCAUUUCGAAGCCAAAUUCCUUCGAGAAACUGAAAACUACUAUGCUAAUGAAGCGCAGGUUUUCCUUGAACACAAUCCAUUAACGGAGUAUAUGAAAAAGGUUGAAAGAAGACUGGAGGAUGAGCGCGCUCGAUGUGAUAUGUACUUGCACAUGGCAACGCAAGAACCUUUGUCGAAGACUUGUGAAAAGGUUCUCAUUGAGGCACAGCUCGAGUUAUUCCAAAAUGAGUUCGGCGCAUUGCUUGAAGCGAACAAAGACGAUGAUUUGGCCCGAAUGUACAAGGUGCGCACUUCAGGUCUUUAUUUAAUGUCGCUGGUAGAAAUAGACAAAGAGUCAUUCGUUAAUUAUUUUCUGCUGAAAACCUUCUACUUGUUGCAAAUAACUCCUGACUCUUUGAAGUUAACCGUCCUUUCGCCAUCUUUCAAUUAA